AUGGGCAACACGGCGAGCGAGCGCGGGUCCGGAGAGCGUCCGGGCAGCAAGGCGCCCCGCUCGGAGGGCUCCGGGGUGGCUCCGCCGGCCAAGGAGCCCCCUCCCCACAAGAUCAUGGUGGGCAGCAGCGACGACCCCGCCCUCUUCAGCGCCCCCGACGCCAAGGUAGCCCUCGAGGACCCGCGGCGGCGGGGGGGGGCGAGGAGGCGUCUUGCCUUCUGCCCCCCCCCCGACUAGAGACCCGGCUGGGGAGCGUGUGGAGCGGGGGGGGGGUUCCAGCUGCUCCGAGGGAGGCCUCACGGGGGACCCCGCCAUAGUGCCCCCCCAGCUGAAUCCAAAGGGCCGCCUCCCGGGGGCUGGAGGGGUCGGGCUUCAGAGCGCCCUUGGCCCUGGGCGCUGGGGGAGAGCUAGAUGCAGCUCUUGUUUUCCUCCUGCAGCUUCCCGGGGAUAAAGGUUUUGUGUCUUGGCACCAUGACUUGGACGAGUCCAUCAAGCCAGCCCAGCAGGCUCGUCCCACCGUCAUACGAUGGACGGAGGGAGGGAAGGAAGUCUUCAUCUCUGGAUCCUUCAACAACUGGAGUGCCAAGAUCCCUCUCAUUAAAAGGUGCCUUGGCGGAAAUGCUGCUCUGCCUGUGUGUCGGGGAGGAGAGGUUGUUACACAGAGCAAACACCGGCCAGAAGAGCAAUGGGGGUCUGGGAAUGAAAGGCUGUCGGGGACUGCUUACAUACAUCCAUGCGCAUCAUAGGAUUGUUAGGGCUUGAUGGCUCAGCCGGUGCAAAGCAUUGUGCUCUGCUGCGAUGGAUGCUCUGAAGGCCUGACUUUGGUGUGUGAUGGCCCCGUGUCGUACAUGGCAUAUUGCAAAGGUUCGAAAUGCUUCACAUAAAACGUAUCAUUAAUCCUGGCAGGGUAGGGCAGUAGCAUCUUGAUUUUGUAAAGGAAACAAUGAUUGAGAAGAAGAUGUAGUCAGAUGUAGCCUCCCCAGGAACACAGGGGGACUCUCUCUCACUUUAAGCCUACUUCAACAUGCCCUUUUUUGAAAACUGAAGAAGCUGGUUUUUAAAAAAUGGAACUGAGAUCUACACCACCUCUUUAGUUUAUGAAUCCUGCUUUUAACCUAAACAGGGCAUAGACUGAGCUUGAACUGAAGAUGAAGUCUAUAUUUUGUUUAGGAGCAGAUUCGUCCACUAUCUAGGCCAGGGGGCCCCAAAUUUUAAAACAGGGGGCCGGUUCACUUUCCCUCAGACACUGUUGGGGGCCGGACUAUAAUUUGAAAAAAAUAUGAAUGAAUUCCUAUGCACACUGCACAUAUUUUAUUUGUAGUGCACAAAAACAGGAAAAACAAUACAAUAUUUAAAAUGAAUGAUUUUAAUCAACAUAAACUUAUAAGUAUUUCAAUUGGGAAGUAUUGCUAAUGCUCGUCCCUACAACCCAGCCUACACAGGGAUCUCCCUAACCCCCAUGGCCCAGUCUACAUGCAGGCCUUCCAUGCCCCCAUCCCCACAAUCCAGUUUAUACAUGUCUCCCUAACCCCCUUCCCCACAACCCAGCCUAUGCAUGUGCUUCUCUAACCUUCCCUAAUCCUUAAGCCCCAUCCUCACGACCCAACUUGCCCGUGUUUCUCCCUAACCCCCCCCAUCUUGCACGCCUGUUCUCCAACACCAAAUCCCCACAUGCCAGCUUGCCUGCGUGUCACCUGUCCCCACGACUCCCGACUCACUGCGGGGGCAACUCCUCUGGCACAUCACAAACUCGCGGCAUUGCAGGUGUGCCAGAUCAGGGGAUUGGAGUCAGUACUGGGCCCGGGGGGGGCGAGGUGGGUACCCUAGGAGGCGAGGGUGUGGUGCGCUGCAUCGCCAGCAAGGCCCUCAUGCGGGCCAGGCCCUGCUCGCUUUGUCCACCCCGGAAGGGAUGUGGCGCUGACCUGGGCCUGCUCCCUUCGUCUCCGAUUUUCUCGCAGAAUACUCCUGGGCAGUGUUCUGAAUACUUUGUCAGCAUUUGGCUUAGGGUUAGGCCUUUCUCCCCUCCUUCCUCGCUUCUCAGGCGCCUCAGACCCUGGUAGAGACACUGUUCCCCCCUCAAGGCUGCCCUCUCAGCCUCUGCGCCCCACAGUGGGCGGCGGCUCAGGCAGGCAGGCAGGAGUGGCUGCCAACUAUGCACCGCAGGCCUCUGGGGCAGGGAGGUGGGCGGGGAGAUGCCUGGGUGGUGCGUGAGGAGGCUGCAAUUGGGAGACGGGGUCUGCGGCCCGUGGACCUUAGUUUGGGGAUGCCUGAUCUAGGCAUUGUGGGCUUGGUAAAACGUACAACUUUAGUCCUUUCCAAACUUGAGUGCAAUCUGUGUGUCUGGUCGAGGUUUACUACAACCACUCUAGGCUUCCCUGCUAGAGUAGAGCUGCCAGCUAGAACUCUUUGCUUUCUAGAAGAUUUCCUCUCAUGGGCAUUCAGCUCCUGAACUGAAAGCUACAGUUAAAGGAUUACCCUUGUGAGAUUUAGGUUCUGGCAUGCAACACCCUGUGCUGCUGUUUCAGCUUCAGGUGAUGAUUAAUUAAAUGCUAAUUAGUGGGUGGGACUAACCUUUCCUCACAGGUGCUUAACUUUAACUUCUUUUACUUGGAUCUAUUUACUGCAACUGAGACGCUUCCCCAGCUGUCACAGGUUGUAAGAGCACCAAGAUAAUGGCAGGACAGGCUGUUCUCAUUUAAGCCUCCCUCCCUCCCUGCCCCUAAAAGGGAAGGCAAGGGAUUUCUAAUAAAUUCCAGACCUUACAGUAAUUUGGAAAUUUUACUGGUCUAUUUCAUACAAUAUUGUACAGAGAACAAGACUCGAGAGAAAGCUGGCAUACAUUGGAGGUCCCUUGAACUUGAUGGGUAAAGCGUGCAGAGGGAUGAACCACAGUGCCAACCGCUCACCUUAAAAACCACCCUGAAAGAAUGAGGACAUAAGGUUUCUCUAAAGCAACAUUAAAACAGUAAAGACCACGGGGUUGCUUUGAAAUAGGAGUUUAAAUGUGAUUAAAAAGUUUUAAUGUGGCACUGAAAAACUAUAAAGAAGGCACCAUGUGAGCUCUGGAAAGGCUGUUCCCUAACGGGCUCCAUCAUUGAGUAGGCCAUCUCCUUUGUGACCAUCUCCUCUUUUCACUUGACAACAGGAUACACAAUUGGGCCCCCAAAGGGGAUCUUAAGAUUCAGGGAGCUCUGUGUGGUGGCUCUGUGUUCUUCCAGGUAACCCAGUCUCGUGCCAGUAUUGCUGUGGCAUUUGACAGUACAUGACAAUUGCAGCUUUAGUACUUUGCUGUUCUUUUCAGGGCUCCCUGUAAAUUCUGGCACAAUGUAGCUCACUUAUACUUUGAGUAGUUUGAUUAGUUUUCUAAGUUGUCCGUUUGGUUUUUUUGCAAGCUUUUGGGGGGCUUCUAAUAGAUUUUAUUUCUCCAUUUUUGAAAGUAAUACGUAAUGUGUUUUAUAUUGACUAUUUUUUUUUUUUUAAUAUAAUAUUUAUUGGUUUUACAAAAAAAAUAAAAAAUACAAAAAUUCCAAAGACAAAAAACAACAAUAACAAUGACAAAAAGAAAACAAAAGAUAACAAUAACCAUAAGAAAGAAAAAACAGAAAAAUUUAAAAAUUUAUACUUUCAUUUAACCUUCUUAUCUUUCCUUAGUUCUUUGACUUCCCCGCACCUCCCCACUUGUAUUUCCAUUUAAAAACUCCUUUCAGCAAAUCCUUACCCUCCUUCCUUUAUCUUAACUCAAAAAACUUAAUCUAUUUAUAAAUAGAUAUUUUUACAACCUUAUCAAUCAAAUAUUCCAUGCUCUUAAACGCAAGGCUUUUGCCAAUACCAGUUAUUUUCAAUCAGACCUCAAUUUAACAUUCAUUAAUUUUAUAGUAUUUCUGUAAAUAGUCUUUAAAUUUCUUCCAAUCUUCUUCCACCGACUCUUCUCCCUGGUCACGGAUUCUGCCAGUCAUUUCCGCCAAUUCCAUAUAAUCGAUUACCUUCAUCUGCCAUUCUUCCAGAGUGGGUAAGUCUUGUGUCUUCCAAUACUUUGCGAUAAGUAUCCUUGCUGCUGCUGUUGCAUACAUAAAGAAAGUUCUAUCUUUCUUUGGCACCAAUUGGCCAACAAUGCCCAGGAGGAAGGCCUCUGGUUUCUUUAAGAAGGUAUACUUAAAUACCUUUUUCAACUCAUUAUAUAUCAUUUCCCAGAAGGCCUUAAUCUUUGGGCACGUCCACCAAAGGUGAAAGAAUGUACCUUCAGUUUCAUUACAUUUCCAACAUUUAUUAUCGGGCAGAUGGUAGAUUUUUGCAAGCUUGACUGGGGUCAUGUACCACCUGUACACCAUUUUCAUUAUAUUCUCUUUUAAAGCAUUACAUGCUGUAAACUUCGUACCUGUGGUCCAUAACCGUUCCCAGUCAGCAAACAUGAUGUUAUGUCCAACAUCCUGUGCCCAUUUAAUCAUAGCAGAUUUUACCGUUUCAUCCUGAGUAUUCCAUUUUAGCAGCAAGUUAUACAUUCUUGAAAGUGUUUUAGUUUUGGAAUCUAGCAGUUCUAUUUCCAACUUUGAUUUUUCCACCUGGAAGCCAAUUUUUCUAUCCAAAUUAUAGACCUCUCUUAUUUGGUAAUAAUGCAACCAGUCUCGCACUCUAUCUUUUAGUUUCUCAAAACUCUGCAGUUUGAAUUUAUCUCCUUCUUGUUCCAAGAUCUCCCAAUAUUUUGGCCACUUGGCCUCCAUAUUGGGCUUUUUCAGAGCCUUUGCCUCCAUUGGUGAUAGCCACCUUGGGGUUUUAUUCUCCAAUAAGUCUUUAUAUCUUAUCCAGACAUUGAACAAUGCUUUCCUGACAAUAUGGUUUUUAAAUACUUUGUGAGCUUUAACCUUGUCAUACCACAAAUAUGCAUGCCACCCAAACACAUUAUUGAAACUUUCUAAGUCCAAGACAUCAGUAUUUUCCAGAAGUAACCAAUCCUUCAACCAGCAGAAAGCUGCUGAUUCAUAAUAAAGUUUAAGGUCUGGCAGGGCAAAUCCCCCUCUUUCUUUAGCAUCAGUCAAUAUUUUAAGUUUUAUCCUGGGCCUCUUGCCCUGCCAGACAAACUUAGAGAUAUCUCUCUGCCACUUCUUAAAACAAUCCAUUUUGUCUAUUAUUUGUAUCGAUUGAAACAAAAACAGCAUUCUUGGCAAUACAUUCAUCUUGAUGACAGCAAUUCGACCUAACAAGGAAAGCUUCAAAUUUGUCCAUAUUUCUAAAUCCUUUUUAAUGUCCGACCAACACUUUUCAUAAUUGUCUUUAAAUAAAUUCCCAUUUUUAGCUGUCAUAUGAAUCCCCAAGUAUUUCACUUUUUUACCACUGUUAAACCUGUCUCAUUCUGAAACCUCUCUUUUUCAAUCGGUGUUAAAUUCUUCUCAAGUACUUUAGUUUUAAACUUAUUCAGCUUAAAACCUGCCACCUGACCAAACUCUUGAAUCAGUUCUAAUGCUCUUUUCGUACUAGAUUCUGGCUCCUGUAAGGUCAUCCGCAAAUGCUUUCAGUUUAUAUUGUUUCACUCCGACCGUUAUACCCUUAAUCAAAUGGUCCCUUCUUAUCAUAUUUAACAGAACCUCCAGAACAGAAAUAAAAAGUAAUGGGGAAAUUGGGCAGCCUUGUCGUGUCCCUUUCUCUAUCUUAAUUUCCUCUGUUAUCACAUUAUUAACUAUUAAUUUAGCUUUUUGUUCUGAAUAAAUUGCAUUUAUACCAUUUUCAAACUCUUGGCCUACCCCCAUCCCCUGGAGAUUUUUCUUCAUAAAACUCCAGGAAAUGUUAUCAAAGGCUUUCUCUGCAUCCACAAAAAUCAGAACUGCUUUAGUGUUAAUCUCCUCUUGCAGCUUCUCCAGAAUAUCAAUUAUAUUCCUUGUGUUAUCCGAAAGAUGUCUAUCUGGAAGAAAGCCAGCUUGGUCCUUGUGAAUCACUUCUUUUAGCACUUUUUUAAGCCUUUUUGCUAAAAUGUCAGCAAAAAUUUUGUAAUCUACAUUUAACAGGGAUAUGGGCCGAUAGUUCUUAAGCUGUGUCUUUUCAGUCUCAGACUUUGGUAUAAGUGUAAUAAAUGCGUCCUUCCACGACUCUGGCGCUCUUUUCCCCUCUAAAAUUUCAUUGCAAACCUCAGUUAAUGGUCGAAUUAACCAGUCUUUCAGGGUUCUGUAAUAUUUUGAGGUUAAACCGUCCGGUCCUGGAGAUUUUCCCAGCUGCAUAUUCUGAAUGGCACCUUCAACCUCCUGUUCUGUAAUUUUAUAAUUCAGCAAUAUCUUAUUAUCCUGAGAAAUUUUUUGUAAUCCAUUGGUUUUCAGAAAUUGCUCUAUUUCAAAUUCUUUCUGAGGCCCUUGUGUAUAUAAUUGUUUAAAAUAUCUCUGGAAGCAUUUCCUAAUUUCUUCUGGAUUCUGGAUAUUUUCCCCUUCCACUUCCAAAUUAGUAAUAGUAUUGAGUUUUUGUCGUUUCUUCAACUGCCAAGCCAGCAGUUUCCCACAUUUAUUUGCCGAUUCAAAAGUCUUUUGUCUCAUUUGUUUAAUUUUCCAUUCCACUUCUUGAUUUAUCAAUUUCAUAUACUGCACUUGAUGCAAUUUUAUUUCCCUCAGAAUCUCUUGUGAGUUGGGCUUCACUCUCAGUUUCUUCUCGCCCUCCUUUAUUUUUUCCAAAAAAUUUUCUUUCUUUACAUUUUGGGCCCUCUUCUUAACUGAAUUCUGUUGAAUCAGGAAGCCCCUCAUAACUGCUUUACUUGCGUCCCAGAUUAUUCUUUUUUCUACAGCUGUAUUCAAAUUUAUCUCAAAGUAGUCUCUCAAAGUCUUUUGGGCCUUCUUAAUCACCUCUUGAUCUCUAAACAAGGUGUCAUUCAUCCUCCAUCGUAUAUUGACUAUUUUUAUUUCUGUUGUGUUUUUAAAAGAUUAUGUAUGCCGCCUGGAGCUUUAUGGUUAUGGGGCAGGAUAGAACCAUAGUUGAUACAUGAGUGGGCAGAUGGUGCUGUGAGUGGAUGGAUGAGGCUCUAAGCUGUUGCCUCUCACUGUGGAUAAUUGCUCCCUCUCCUUUUAGCCACAAUGACUUUGUCGCUAUUCUGGACCUUCCUGAAGGGGAGCACCAGUACAAGUUCUUUGUGGAUGGCCAGUGGGUUCAUGAUCCCUCCGAGGUAACUCCUUUUCUUCCAUGUGUCUGUGUCAUAUUGCUGAGAGGUCCUGCACACACACCCCCGUACAUUUUCAGGUGGGCUGGGCUUGACCUUGUUGCCUGCCCUGUCAGCUUAGUUCUCUGAGCCAGGGUCACAUGCUGCAGGCUACAUCCCUGGGUUAACUAUCAGUGCACUCUGUAGCUUCUGAUAGUUAGAAGAGGCAAGCAGGACCUUCUGGCUAAAAUUGCCCAUGACAAGGCCCCUGGCUUUCCUUCCAGUUUUGCUGGAUUAUUUUGACUGCUUCUAUGAUUUCUUCUCUUUUUCUUUUUUCAGGGUAGAAUCCCUGGCACUUAGCUGUGCUUCUGAAUUUGUGUACUGCUCCCCUAGUACAUAUUCUGACUGGCUUUUCGAUGUAGUUCGUAGGUUUUAAUUGAAUAGUGAGACCUUGUGUUCUGCAUUGCUUAUAUGUUACAUCUACCACUACUGAGGAUUUUUAAGUCUUCCUUUUUUGUAGCUGUGUUUAACCUCCUCUACACAGUUCUCCUUGCUUCACCUGGGAUGUGACUUUGUUCUCUGCAUAUAUAUGUUGGGAAGGGUGGGGAUUUGACCUGCGGCUGUGGCAUGUACCUCUGUCUUGUUUUUCAGCCAGUGGUCACCAGUCAGAUGGGGACAAUUAACAAUCUGAUUCAUGUCAGGAAGUCUGACUUCGAAGUGUUUGAUGCUUUAAAGGUGGACUCCCUAGAAAGUUCAGAGACUUCCUGUCGAGGUGACUUUCUUGUGCUGUUGGUGUCAACAUCCAAAAUGAUGGUGUUUCCUGGUUUCCUUUCUCAUACUAUCUUUAUUUUUAAUAGACCUUUCUGGCUCCCCUCCUGGAAUAUAUGGCCAAGAAAUGUAUGUUUAUCGACCUGAGGAGCGUUUCAAGUCCCCGCCCAUUCUUCCUCCCCAUCUCCUCCAAGUCAUCCUUAACAAGGAUACUAACAUUUCGGUGAGUACCAAUCCGAAGGCAGUAUACAGCAAGACCUUUAUAGAGGGCUCCAUUGUGGGAGGUGCAGCCUUACUCUAAAGUGAGCUGUGGUUCCCAGAGUGUCUGGAGCAGGACAGGUCACACCUACCUGCUAUGGGGUGUGCCCACAUUGAUUGGCCUCAUGCGGCUAAAAUUUAAGGUACAUGUAAGCACCCAGUGACAGAAUUAGAAAUGGCUGCAAGGUGAAAAGUGACAUUUCCUUCUGUUUCAGUGUGACCCAGCCCUCUUGCCUGAGCCAAACCAUGUGAUGCUGAACCAUCUCUAUGCCUUGUCAAUUAAGGUAAGGCCAGGACCAGGCAGCCUGCAGUGCUUCUUCCUCUUCUUGCUCCUCCUCCUCAGAGCUUGAGGGCAAUGUACUGAGUGUUCUCUCUCUUCUCUCUCAUUCCUGCCAUGCACGGCACCAUCUUGCUAACUGCUUUACCUCCUUGCCCAGUUGUGGGUUUUAACAGUUUAGAAUUCAGGGUAAGAUAGCUGUGAUUGAGGGAGCUGUUCAGAAAAAAAAGCAUUCUUGGGGAGAAGCUGAAAUGAGAGACUAAACCACUGAGCCUCUUAGGCCUGCCAAUCGGAAGGUUGAUGGUUUGAAUCUGUGUGAUGGGGUGAGCUCCUGUUGCUCUGUCCCAGUUUCUGCCAACCUAGCAGUUCGAAAGCACACCAGUUCAAGUAGAUAAAUAGGUACCACUGCGGCGGGAAGGUAAAUGGCGUUUCUGUGCGCUCUGUUUUCUGUCACAGUGUUCCGUUGUACCAGAAGCAGUUUAAUCAUGCUGGCCACUUGACCCUGAAAGCUGUCUGUGGACAAGCUCCCUCGGCUUGAAAAGGGAGAUGAGUGCCACACCCCAUUGUCGCCUUUGACUGGACUUGACCGUCUAGGGGUCCUUUACCUUUACCUGAAAUGGAAAGCACUUCUUAUGUCUGAGGCUGCCUAUAUCUUGUCUGCUGUUCUGCUCCAAGUGUCUCUUUUCAAAUAUCCCACUUUCUUCCAGCUCUUCUCAAUGAGGAUGAGAGCAGCCCAUUUUACACUUUGAGUCUGCAAGUAUUUUACUUUGGAAGAAAAUUAAGGAUGGGGAAAGAGGAAGGGUGAAAGUGUGUAAAAAUCCUCUAAGCACAAACUUUCUGCUCUAAUAUCUUCAUUCUCUUAACCCCUGCUCAGAACUUCCCCCACCAGCCCCCUGUAAGCAGUUAGUGAGGGGUAGCCAAUACCUGGUGCUCUCCAGAUGUUUGGGACUACAGUUCCCAUCAUCUUUGAUGAUUGUCCAUAUUGGCUGGAGCUGAUAGGAUUUGCAGUCCAAAACAUGUAGUGGAGAGCACCAUGCCAUGGUAUUCUAGAACCCUUUAAAUCCUCCUCUCUCCUUCCCUCCCAGGAUGGUGUCAUGGUGCUCAGUGCCACUCAUCGCUACAAGAAGAAAUACGUCACGACUCUCCUCUACAAGCCCAUCUGA